AUGGCUUCAAAGAACAUGAUGAAAAACGCUAUAGCUCUCUUCCUCACCAUUAACCUCGUCUUCCUUGUCUUCACAAAGGCCCAAGCUCCUCCACCUCAAGCUCCGGUGUGUCCCAGAGACUCGACCCAAUUCCUAUCUUGUACUAACGUGCUUAACCUCAGCUUAAUCCUCAUCAACAAUCAAUCAGUAUUGCCAUGUUGCACUCUAGUGACUGGGCUUGACGCUGCUACGGCAUCUGCCUGCAUCUGCAAUGCCGUUAGAAUCACAAUCUUUAAUUUCUUGACUAUCAAUGUGAGAGUUAACCAAGUUCUUAGACUCUGCCGUAUAAUUCCCCCACUUGGUUUCAGAUGCCCUUAA